AUGUUCGGCCGCAUUGGAGGCCAGACGCUAGGGUGUGCAGGGUGUCGCCCUGUCGCACGACGGAGACUAUGCAGUCGCAGGUUCUCUGCCCACACCGGUGCCAGGGCGAAAGUCGCGGCUGCCUCAUCUCCGCUGGGCGGCAUCACCGUGGAGCUGGACCGCAUUGCGCCCCGAUUCGAGGUUCCAGCGUCCAAAAUUACCAUUCUCGACUCUCCGGCCAAUUUCUAUUCUACUCUUAAGAGCAAAAUCCGCAAUGCCCGUCGCCGUAUUUAUCUCUCGACCCUCUACAUUGGCAAGACCGAAUAUGAGCUUAUCGAAACCGUGGGCCAGGCUCUUCGUGACAACCCAAAUCUCAAAGUAUCGAUUCUCACCGAUGCUUUGCGCGGCACCCGGGAGACCCCUAAUCCUUCAUGCGCGUCACUGCUCUGUUCCUUGGUAGCAGAGCAUGGGCCGGAACGAGUUGAGAUUCGCAUGUUCCAUACGCCCAACUUGACAGGGCUAAGAAAGAAAUGGAUUCCUCGACGUAUCAACGAGGGCUGGGGCUUGCAACAUAUGAAGCUAUACGGGAUUGAUGAUGAGAUUAUUCUCUCAGGGGCAAACUUGUCCCAAGACUAUUUUACCAACCGCUUAGAUCGGUAUCAUGUGUUCAACUCGAAGGAAUUGACAAACUACUAUGCCCGAAUCCACCAUGCAAUCUGCAACCUGAGCUUCCAGGUUCUGCCAGAUCCUCAGAGUCCAUCCGGCUAUCACUUGGACUGGCCCACGUCCAAUGGUGGCCCCUCACCCCUAGAAAACCCUCAAGAUUAUAUCGCCUAUGCAUCAACUGUCCUGAACCCUCUCAUCCAGGCAUCCGGCAAUAAGCCCGCUCUUCCCUCCUCAUCGAGCCAGACCUUUGUCUACCCAGUGUCGCAGUUCACUCCACUUUUGAAGCCUGAUACCUCCACCGAGUAUCCUGCUGUCACUAGCAUCCUGAGUUUGUUAUCUGGGUCGUCCGCGUUCGCGGGUGCGCGCUGGCUCUUUACAGCAGGAUAUUUCAAUAUCCAUCCAGUCCUCUCGUCCCUUUUAGUCUCCAGCACCUCUACCUCCACCGAAACCGCAUCCACCACUCAAGGCACCGUUCUGACAGCUUCACCUUGGGCAAAUGGCUUCUAUGGCUCCCCCGGUGUGUCUGGCAUGCUGCCGGCCGCCUACACUCACCUCUCGGCCCGCUUCCUCGAUCGCGUCGCGGACGCACAGUGUACGAACUCCAUCCAACUCAAGGAAUGGCGGCGCGGCACCGUCGAUACUCCCGGUGGGUGGACCUACCAUGCCAAAGGGCUAUGGAUCACUCUGCCGCGUGAGGAACACCCCAGUCUCACGUUCGUCGGCAGCAGCAACUACACUAAGCGUAGCUACAGUCUGGACAUCGAGGUCGGUGCGUUGGUUGUUACGAAUGACCAGGACCUCAAGCGCAAGCUUGGCGAAGAGACCGAGUGGCUUCAGAAGGACGCCUCACCCGUGUCCCGGGAUGACCUGCGCCGAACAGAAAGGAGAGUCGGGUGGAAUGUGCGGCUUGCUAUGUGGAUUGUGGAGAAGGUGGGCGGUGCGCUGUAA